AUGUCUGAGCUUCUCGAAUUUUCAACAAUCACCCUCAAAGAAGGCUCCUCGCCCCCGCAAUCCCUGCUCAACGACCUCAAAACUCUCGCUUCAACCCCCGGCGUCAUCGCCUUCUACUUCGGGCCUCAACUGGAGAAUCCCGACAAAUACACGUGGGUCGCCCGCUGGACCUCUCAGGCUGCUCUCGACGACUUCCACUCCAGCCCCGACUUCGCUGACUGGGCCGCCUCUUACGUCGCGCCGCUGGCAACCUUUACGGUGUUAACCUGCGCUGCUGUCCACGGCGACGCUACCGUCCCUCUCGAGGCCCCAUGCACCGAGUUCCUCUUUAGCUAUGGCGCUGACGAAGAUUAUCUUGAUGCCCGACUCGAUCCUUUCCUGAAGUCUGUUUCUGACGCAAAGCUGCCCGGCAUGGGUGGCGGCAUUACUGGAGAGCUUACGCCCGUGAACUAUGUCGGCGUUGAGCAGCCGGAACCUAAGAUUGCCAUUUUGUUGCUGGGCUGGACUUCACUGGCUGAUCACCAGGCUCAGAGAGGCGAGGGCAAAGUGAUUGACAAGCACAUCCACUACAUCAGAUCAGGCCGCAAAUCUGUCGAACUGUUCCAUGUAAACCUUCAGAAGCUGUGA